UCUAGUCAAGAAAAUGAUAAAAAAAUGUAAAUGAUUAGAAUACACCUGAUGUUGCAGAGUUUACCAUUUCUGAUGAUAAAUUUUAAAUCUUCAAGCUCCUCAUCUGCCAGUAGUUUUAGGAAACAAAAACUUUCCUGAUGGGUAUGUUCCUGCUUAGGUUCCUCAUGAUUUUCCUCUUUGCAACUCCGAAAAUCAACACGCAGCAGAGUUAUUCAGGAAAUCUGGUUAUGAAUUGUGACAAUAAUGAUUCAACAGGUCCUUCUCCUGCUUUUCUUUAUACCUGCAAUGGCAAGGAAUCCUGCAAAACCUUCUUAAUCUACAAAUCUCAACCUCCUUAUCAUACAGUAUCUAGUAUAUCUAAACUGACAUCUUCUGAUCCAUUAGAGCUUGCCCUGAUCAACAAUAUCUCAAAUUUCACUGUCUUGCCAACAAAUAAGGAGGUGAUAGUUCCUAUCAUCUGUUCCUGCUCAAGUCAGUACUAUCAGGCUAACACCUCUUAUAUCAUUCCGAGCAUCUAUGAUACCUACUUUUCAAUUGCUGAAAGCACAUAUGAGGGAUUAUCCACUUGUAAUUCUCUUAUGCGCCAAAACAAUUAUAGCGAAUUUAGCUUGGAUGUGGGCAUGGAACUGCGAGUGCCACUUAGAUGUGCUUGUCCCACAAGCAAUCAGUCUGCAAAUGGGACCAAAUACUUGUUAACCUACUCAGUCAGUUGGGGUGACAAAGUUCGUGCAGUUAGUGAGAGAUUUAAUGCCAGCAUAGACAGUGUAAAUUACGCAAAUGGUUUCACUAAAGAUGAUACAACCCUUUUCCCCUUUACAACAAUUCUUGUACCACUGUCGACUGAACCUUCAAGCUUCCAGACCAUAGUUCACUACCCACCACCACCCUAUUCUCCUCCAUUUAUUCCAGUUCAUCCAAUCAGGAGAUCAAGAAAAAAAAUUCAUGUUUGGGUAAUACCUGUAAUUAUAGUGUCAGCACUUCCUGUUGUUCUGUUUAUUGUCUUGUUGCUUCGGAACAAGAAAUCACAUCUUGGAGUUCAAAGGGAGAAAGAGGGAAAAAACAAAGAAGAAUUACCAGAUGACUUUCUUGAUCACGUUGCUCAUGUGGAUUUGGGACUGAAAAUCUAUACAUUCGAGGAACUAAAGGUGGCAACCGAGGAUUUCAGCACGAGCAAUAGGUUGAGUGAUUCAGUAUAUCGUGGGGUUAUCAGUGGACAAGUGCUAGCCAUAAAGAAGAUGAGCAAAGAUGUCUCUAACGAGGUGACUUUACUAAGGAAAAUCAACCAUUUCAAUCUAAUAAGCCUUCAUGCAGCAUGUGAGCAUCAUGGAGUUUUCUACCUUAUGUAUGAGUUUAUGGACAAUGGCUCUUUAAGAGAUUGGCUCUACAAAAGGAAUUGUCUUGAAGCCCAGAGCUGGAAUCGCAGGAUUCAGAUCGCUUUGGAUGUUGCUAAUGGGCUUCACUAUCUUCACAACUUCACUGAUCCUCCCUACGUGCACAAGGACAUCAGCAGUAGCAAUGUUCUGCUAAGUAGACAUCUAAGGGCUAAGAUUGCAAACUUCAGCCUUGCCCGUUCAGCAAAGGCAGAAGAACAUGUGAAUUCGUCAUUGAGAUUGGCUCUGGGUUCAAAAGGUUACCUUGCUCCAGAGUUUAUAGACUUUGGCCUCGUGACCCCAGAGAUUGAUAUAUAUGCUUUUGGGGUAGUUCUGCUGGAAUUAGUCACAGGAAAAGAAGCUGUAUAUAUGCAGGAAGAGAGAAAAGUGCAACUAUCAGAAACAAUCAUUUCAAUUAUGGAAAAGGAAAAUGCAGAAGCUCGCCUUGGCUGCAUUGUAGAUCCUAAUUUGCAAUCACAGCAUUCCAUGGAAGUUGUCCUGCGAAUGGUGAAGUUGAGUUUAGCAUGCUUGGCCCAGGAACCAGAAAGUAGACCGAGCAUGGCUGAAAUAGUUUCCGCCCUUUUGAAGAUUCAAUUAGAUGUUCACAGAUCAUGUUUUUGAAAUAAAUGCUGGGGUAGCUCUCUGUUAAUAUAUAAUGGUAUAUGUUCCGCAUACAAUAUCUAUUUCUGUAAAGCUUAGUGAUUGUAAACUUAUGUUGCGAUUCACAAAAGGGAAUAAGUUCUACAA